AUGAAUCCGAUUGUCAGAAAGACGACUAAAAUCGAAUGGAAAUUUGAGAAUUGCAAAGAAUUGGAUGAAAAUGGAAAAUAUAGCGAUGAUUUUGAGAUUGACGGGCUGAAAUGGUGAGUUUUUGAACACAAAAUACAUUUUUUAAUGCUUUUUUUGCAGGAGAAUCUAUAUUAGAACAUGUGUUGUCGAUGGAAAAACACGCAUUUCCGCGUGUCUGCGCAAUGCAAUCGAGACUUCAAAUUGGUUGGCGGAAAUCGUUCGCGACUUCACUUUUUGUUUUUCAUUUUUGAAAUUGAGCACGGUUGAGGAAAAUGCACCGAGUUUGUGCUCGAAGAAUUCGGAUGGCAGCUCGAUGGAAAUGAGUUUUUGCCGAGAAGACAAGAAUUGCGUGACGGUUGUGUGCAAAUUCAGUUAUAAAUUUUAUGAUUUCUCGAAAAACCCGAAGAUUUUCUCGGAUGCUGUUAUUAAGAUUGGAAAUGACGAGUUGCAUAUCAACAAAAUUGUGAGCUUUUUUUCGGAUUUUUGUCCAAAACCGCUUCAAUUUGCUGGUUUUUACUGGUUUUCGACUCGCUGAUCAUGAUUCUGUUGUCUAAAAAUUGCAGAACUCAAAUUCUAACAUGAGUUUUCAUUUGUAAGUGCCAAAGUUGGAAAAAUUGCGAAAAACAAAAACCUGCACGUGCAGAGCUGAAUGAACGACAACGUCAUUACUUCGUCAGUCGCGUGCGGCUAUGCGUCGCGGUCGAGAUGCAGAGGAAAACAAUGGAUUAUUGAUUGUUUCUCGACCGCGACGCACAGCCGCACGCGACUGACGAAGUAAUUUCCAACUUUGCCACGUCAUAACUCAUGUUAGAAGUUGAUUUCUGCAAUUUCAGACGAAGGAAUCGUGAUCAGCGCGUCGAAAACCACUAGAAAACAUAUAAUUUCGAACGGAAUCCGAAAAAAUCCUCAAAUUUCCAGUAUUAUUGUGAAAUUUCCAAGUUCUUCAACGAACACUUUGUCAAAAACAACAACACAGAAAUCACAAUCAAUGAUGUGAAAUCGGAUGAUAUGAUGAUUGUAUUGGCUGCAUUAUUACCCGAUCCCAUUCAAAUUACCGGUAAGUAAUCUAACAUUUUUUGAAAACUAUUUCUGAAUUUCACAGAAUCAAACUACAAUAUUCUGCUAAACUUGUCGGAAAAAAUUCGAAAUUGAUGUAUUAAAGGAGAAAAUGCGAGACAUUUUUCAAAGAUGUUUUUUGUCCGGAAUUUCUGCGGCAAAUUAAAAGUGUUCAGAAGGAAUUUGACGCUUUUACACCGAAAAAACGCAGACUAUGGAAGCCUUUAGAACCUAUUCUGCUACUUGUGAGUUGUUCUAACUCACUUAAUAAGUAAACCCAUGUUUGACAAUUUCAGGAUGAAUUGAUUGCAAAAUUGAAGCGCGGAGACGAGUUCAAAGUGCUUUUUCAAGCAAGAAGCCUUCAAUAA